AUUAAGACAUCUAGUAAAAAUUGUCAUCUCUUCCCGCAUGAAAGCUCGUGUACGAAUUGAAAGUCUCUGUUGAAAACUGGAACCUCACUCGACAGGCAUCAGCGUCAGUAAGAACAAUAUAGGUACUAACAAGCUCAUUCUCAGCGUGGACGUCACCAAAAGUGUGUGUAUCAUGUCUCCAGUUAUAAUUCUAACGGCCGUAAGCUUUAUUAUGAUAGGUCCUACCUCAUGUACCUACCGCGAGCCACGUCCUACUAAUAUGAAGGAGUGCCAAGAGAAGAUAUGUAAAGAAAAAGGAGGACUCAUCAUUAACGGAAAACAUAAUCUGCCGAUCAUGAUUGUACAAAAAGAGAUGGACGAAGAGGCACUUGAAUGUGGAUGUCGCAUAAACCCGGAAGUGUAUGAUUUUCUGAAAAAAGGAAGAUAUAAUAUCGAUGAAUUCAACCUUUCGGUGUUUGGUAGUGUGGCUGGUAUCCAUAAAUGGUUAAAAGAUAACAAAAUCGAAUUCAUACCAAAUACAGCAAACCAUAUUGAAUGAUCCCGAAUAUUUUCCUAAUAAUUUUGAAGUCAAUCGAAAAUAUUACGGAAGCAUCUUGUUUUAUAUUUUAAAGAUCGUUUGUAAAAUUUUACAAAUUGUCGAGUAUAUUGUAAAAGUAUCAUAAAAAUGUCUCUAAAAUGUACCUAUUGUACCUUUCCAAGUUUUUUAAAAAAAAUAUUGUAAAAGUAAUGAAUUUUAAUGUUGUAUCAAGUAUGGAAAGUUGCAUUAGAAUGUUAUUAUGUACUUGUUUAAAACCAUAUUAAAUGUCUAAGCACAAUGGUA